AUGAUACAGCCGCCAGGCGGCGCCGCCCGGCUUGGACUACAACUCCCGUCGUGCCGCGCGCCAAUUUCGGCCAUGAUAGCGGGGCUGGGCCGCUGGCUCCGGACCGAGCUGGAGCUGCCCCCAAGCGCUCCCAUCUGGGACUACAUCAUGGGCCACGUGCGGCACCCGGGGAAUGUGAAGAAGAUCAAAGGGAACCUGCUGUGGUAUCCGCUGCACCGCAAAAAGGGGGGGACCCCGAAAAUGCCCCCUCUGGGGACCCCCAAGCUCAUUAAGGAGCCUCCAAAUUCCCUCAGGACCCCCCCAAACCCCUUUUGCCUGUACUGGCACCUCGAGGAGAUUCAGGGAGGGGCGGGGUCAAGCACGCCUUAUAUGGAAGUGCGCGAGGCCUUGGAGCAGGUGAGGGCGGAGCUUAAAGUGAUGGGCGGGGCCGUGGGCGAGGCCGGGGCAGCGGUGCUGAAGCUGGAGGCACUGGGGGCGGAGCUUCACCGCCAGGGGGCGGAGCGUCGCCGAGGGGCGGAGCAUCGGGCCCUGGGGGCGGAGGCAGCGCAGGAGGGGCUGCGGCUGCGGAGGGAGGGGGCCCAGAUAAGCUCCGCCCACCGGAGCUGGGGCCAAAGGAGGAGGGGCUUAUGGACGGGGGAGGGGUCUGAGCGUGGCCACGCCCCCAUUGCCCCGCCCGCCCCCCCCCCCCAGGCUGUGUGCAAGCUGCCGGAGGAGGCCCUGGAGGAGCUGCUGGGGCUCCGCCCCUUGUCGAGGCCGCAGGACCUCACCUUGCUCUGGCUGCAGGAGGCCAAGGCACUGCUGAACCAACACAGCCCAGAGGAGGUGCUGGAGGCCCUGCAGACACUGCGGAAGGGGUACCCCAAAAUCAGCCCUGACCUUGACCCCGACCCUGACCCUGAUGCUCAGCCCCCUAUGAAGACCCUCAUCAAGGACUGCUGGGAGGAUGUGGGGGGACUCUGGGACCUCAUCCACUCCUCGGCCUCCCGCCUGUCCCCCCUGAGGCUCCGGCUCCUCCAGCUGCAGGAGGAGAUCCAGCAGCGCCUGGAGGGGGACCCCAAAGCCCAGCAGGCUGCCAGGUUGAUGCUGGAGGCCGCGGGGCUCUCAGGGGCUCGGGAGGCCCUGAUCCAGCAGGUCCAGGAUCUACGGGGCAGCCCCAUGGACUCCCCAGAAGCUGCCCUGGGGCCACUGAGGAGGCAGCUACAGGAGGGGAAGCAGCGGCUGUCCCGCCGCUGGAUCCAGCUCCGGGCUCUGGCCCCAUCCAAUGAGAAGCUCCGGGCGCAGCUGCACCUCCUGCAGUCCCGAGGAGCUGUGCGGCUCCCCCCAGGGCUGCAGGGGGAAGGGCAGCGGCUGCAGGAAGCGCUGAGCAUGCUGGGAAAGGAGAGGGUGCCCCUCCCCCCGAGCCCCGCCCACAGCCCACUGCAGCCAAUCAGACGCGCCCUAGGAAUGGCAGAGAGUGAGCCCCCACAGGGGGCACUGUUGUGGGCAGCAGAGCUGCGGGGGAGCUGGAACAGCUGCAGGGGGCGUGGUCAGCGGAAGGGGCGUCGUCAGCGGAAGGGCGGACCCUGGAACCCCCGCCCACCCCGCGGUGACCCCCGCGGAGUGCGUGGCCAUGGCCGAGCUCCUCCCCAGCUGCAGGCGCUGUCCAUUCGGGUCCAGCAGUGCCUCGAGGGCUGGCCCCACCUCCAGGACGUCAUCAGCCAAUGGUGGGAGCAGCCGGCUCAGUGGAUACCAGCCACGCCCCCCAGCAACAUCCCCUUCUCCCAUUGGCUGAAGUGCUGGUCCCAGGCCACCUGUGCUCUGAACUUGCACCGCCCCCUCCCCUUAGCCCCGCCCACCAGCGACGAGGAAGGGUGUGACCAGAGCAAGCCCCGCCCCUGAGCCUCGGUUUCAUCAGAUGCUC